UGUGUUUCUUGUCGAGAGUUUAAUAUGGUUUCCAUUAUUUGCAAUUAAAUAUAAUAUUCUUUACCAAUAGCAGUUUCUCAUCAACUUUCAACUCAUGUCACGCAACGUGGCCGUCAUUGGAGCCGGACCUUCUGGUCUGAUCGCCGCCCAUGAGCUCCGCCGAGAAGGUCACAAAGUGGUGGUCUUUGAGCGGCAAAACCAAGUGGGUGGCAUCUGGGUCUAUAAUCCAGUGACUGAGUCAGACCCACUUGGGGUUGACCCAGUUCGGAACCUGGUCCACUCCAGCCUCUACUGCUCCCUUCGCACCAACUUCCCCAGAGAGGUGAUGGGUUUUGGGAUUUACCCGUUUUCGGUCAAAGAGUCCGAAGAAAGAGAUCGAAGAAGGUUUCCGGGUCACAGGGAGGUUUUGGAGUACUUGACAGAGUUUGCCAAUGAGUUUGGGAUUGUUGAGUUGGUGAGGUUUCAGACUGAGGUGGUUUAUGCAGGUAUGGUGGAACUUGAAGGAGGCUGCAAGUUCUGGAAAGUAAGGUCAAAGUCAAAGUUAAAGAAGAGAGAUCGUGAUCAAGAUGAGGAAGAAGAGUUUGUUGAAGUUGAGGAGAUUUAUGACGCUGUCGUUGUCUGCGUUGGCCAUUAUACAGAACCUAGUAUUGCUCAAAUUCAAGGCAUUGAUGCAUGGCCAGGAAACCAAAUGCACAGCCACAAUUACCGUAUUCCAGAACCAUUUCGUCAUCAGGUUGUGGUUUUGAUUGGAGCAUCAGUAAGCGCAGCUGAUAUAUCUCUAGAGUUAGCUGCAGUUACCAAAGAAGUCCACAUCGCAUCAAGAUCGAUUGCCACUGGUACUGCACCCGCAAAGCGACCAGGAUAUGACAACAUAUGGCUACAUUCUAUGAUUGAAAGAGCCCAUCAAGAUGGUAGUGUAGCUUUUGAGGAUGGUACUGUUGUCUUUGCUGAUACCAUUAUUCACUGCACAGGGUAUAAAUAUCAUUAUCCUUACCUUGAAACCAAUGACAUUGUUACUGUGGAUGACAACCGCGUUGGACCACUUUAUAAGCACAUUUUCCCGCCAUACUUAGCUCCCUCGCUCUCCUUUGUCGGAAUACCAUGGAAGGUUCCUCCUUUUCCCUUGUUUGAGUUCCAGAGCAAGUGGAUAGCAGGUGUUCUUUCGAAUCGAAUUAGGCUUCCAUUAGUAGAAGAGAUGAUGGAAGAUGUUGAAUCAUUUUACUCUAUGCUUGAAAUGUCUGGCUUGCCAAAGCGGUAUACUCAUCGCAUGGGAGAAUCUGUGUUUGAGUACUGUAAUUGGCUUGCUGUUCAGUGUGAGUGUGAAUUUCUUGAAGAGUGGAAAAAAGAAAUGCUAUUCGCAGCUGUAAGUAACUUCAGGUUACGGCCAGAGACAUUCCGCGACAUUUGGGAAGAUGACCAUUUGAUAUUGCAAGCUCACCAGGACUGGAAUCUACAAUGAAAAUACAAGUAUGAUCCAUUGUUGAAACAAAAAUGGAAUUUGUCUAAUUCCCAUUAGUGAAAACUUUUUUACUUUAAGCUUGAAAUUUCUGUUAUGCCUUAUGCCUAAAGAAGUCUACUCAUUGCUUGGAAGACUCUCAGCUAAGGUACUGUUCAACUUUCUGAUAUGUGCUUCACAUCUGGUGCCAAACAACUUAACUCUAGCUUA